AUGGCAGAUGCGUCUAGCAGCCACAGCACAGCCCCCACCCCGGAUCAUGACACAGGUGUAGCCGUUGACGGGGCUGGCCCCUCGCAUGCGCAAGAGUCUGCGCCUACCAUCUCGGCCUCUACUUCCGCUAAUUUACCCUUGAGACAAUCAAGACAUCCGGUCGCGGGGACGCAGCCAAAGAUUCAUGAUGUGACGGGCAAGUUUACGAGGGCUUGUAAUGCUCUCGAAGUCGGCCAACUCGUCAAAGAUGAAUACUUUACGCUGUUUGAGUCCAUCGGGGCCAUCGAAAUCAUGGACCCCAAAAUGGACAGCGGCUUCCUCCAACCCGGAGAAACCCUAGAAGACGACUACGACACUCUGGCUCCCCUUCUACCUGAGGAACUAAUAGGCAUCAUGGACCAACUACUCUGCUACGAAAUGGCCUGGCAUACCGGCUACCCGUUAUCCCAGACUCUCUUCACGUCUUUGCACAUCGAUAAGCUGCUCUGGCCCGAGACUAAGAUCCUCGAGCAGGCGCAGUUCUACCGUGGGGAACUCCUGCAUGAAAGACGUCCUGGACCGUUGCUGGAAGUACUGAGAGCGUAUUGUCUAGCGUUGAUCAAAGGAUGCGACUUUGUGAUUGCGAAGAUUACGGGCAGGGAUUACUUUGAAGAGGAGGACUUUUGCACGCAUACGUAUAAUCGGGUGUUGUUUGUUAGUGUGCCGAUGGAUGUGUUUUUGAGAGAGUUGGAUGCGGCGGUGGAGACGAUUGAAGAUCCCGAAUUUGAGAUCAAUGAUGCGCUUCGGAAGGCAAUCAGUUCACGAUUAGAACUCCGGAAAGACUUCCUUCGCGCCCUUGACUUGGAUCUACCGCUCGACCAGAUAUCCUAUUCAUGGCCACCAAUACUUCAAGGUAUCGACUCGUUGAAGAACACGCAUCAGCUUGGGAAGACAGUGCCCGGUGCUUUCAGUCCGAAGAUGCAACGUCGUCUCGCCUCUACAGUUCCCCCACGACCAAUCGUAGAACUCGACUUCAAGGAUGCGUUGGAAAAGCUACACCAGAUAGCCACCGACUGCGCAGAAGCCACGCGCUUCCCAGCUCUUCCACAAGACCCCCUCGAAUACCAGUCCUUCUUAUGGCACUUCUCCGCUCGCUCACCCCCGCCACUGACAUACGCCCGCUCUUACCUCGCAACCCUACUCUUCCACCCCGACGUCCUCAACGCCUCCGUUUCCCUCCCUCUCGUCGACGUAAAGACACUCGUCUUUCCUUCUUCACCCGUCAUAGACCCCAUCAACUGGACAAUGUCACCACCGCGCAAUGCUCUCAUACCCAAACCCCCGCGCCUCCAGUUCGCAAUGCUCAUCGACGAAUUCGUAGACCGCGCCGGCCAAGCCUACCUCGAUCUCUGGGUCGCCAUGGGCCAGAACCGUUGUCGACUGAGACGCAUGUUGACGCACGUCAUCACAGGCUGGGACCUGCUUCAAGCCGACGCAAGCUCAAUCGACAUGGACAUAUCUUCCGCGGCCGCCACUCUCGGUCAGAGCGCCCAGGUUAUGGAGUUCUCCCUCUCUACCUGGGUCUACCACAAGAAGCUCUGGAUGAUAGAAAAGGUCAUCUUACUCGGUUUCGAACAGGACAUCUACCUGCCGGAUGAGUACGCGGGCAUGUACCUCUUCCUCUCGCUCAUCGCUACACGACGGAAAGAGUUGCUAAAGAGGGUGGAAGCACACUACCUCAGCAUCUCCACUGAGCUUCUCAAAUCGCGUCGAUUCAGAGAGGUUCAAGACGUGGAAGAAGCGUCACCCUUCCUAGACUCCCUGCUCGCUGAGACGGAGGGAACAGCAUCGUUAGCUUUAGCUCUCGCCCGCUUCUACGUCAUCUGCGCCUACCUAGGUAAACUACCCAUGCCCCGCCGCACUCCCUUUUCCACAGAAAAGCUCCGGUACGAACUCAGAAUGAAACCUUUCCUCGCCUUGCAGCCACCCGAAGCACCGCCUUUCGACGAUUUCAAAGCGUAUAGCCAGCCUUAUGGACCGGUGCCGUCUGCUUCCGAGCCCCCGCCGGAGACAUUCGUCAAGGAUAUCCAAAACAAGGACUCGCAGCUCUGGCAGGAAGUCGAUGACCGUAUCAAGGCGGCGAAGACGGCGUUUGCUGAAUACAAGAGAUUGGGUGUGGGCACAGCGAAGGCGGAGGGGGUGAAGGGGAGUUGGGAGGAUGAGGUUAGGAGGAUGGUGGCGAGUUGUGUUAGUUUGGGGUUGGCGGUUAAGGAGGUUAAGGAUCUUGUUGUUGUUGGGGAGGGUAGGGGUAAGGAGGAUGAGGGGAAGGGGGAUGUUGGUGAAGGGUUCAAAGUGGAGAUUCCGGAGGCGGCGACGGGGAAAAGGUAUGCUGAGGGGUGGAUUGUUGGGAAGGUUGUCAAGGAUUGA